GAAAAUUGUAAAAUGGCGGACGAAAGUUUGGUGAGUUAGUGCACACGGAUUUCUAAAAAGGAUAUACGACUCUUAAAAUGAACAUCUCGAAGAAAAACCGUUCCGAAUAGUUAGCCGGUUAGAUAGACUGUAGAAGAAUUCGAAUUCGCACCGACGGUGACUCAAUAAGAUAUCGAAUUUCGGGUGAUUUUCGCUUAUGAAUAGACCUUGUCCACAUCUCAUGUAGCCAUAUUUAUGAAGUUUUUGUUGAAAAUAUACCCGUUUUCUGGAAUUUCAAAUGAGAAAUGGGAUGGCUAAGCAACAUGGUCUAACAAUCGAUAAUCAUGGAUCCGGUCGGGCCAUGGUACGCGCCGCCUUAUAACCGCCUCGCCGGCGUCCAAGCCGGCUCCGGCGGCGGCGAACUACACCAUCAUCUAGCGACGACGACGGCCGGCGGCGGCGCCCCGUCCACCACCACGGCGCAACUACUGCCCGGCGGCUUCCUGUCGCCGCCGCCCGUCGGCUACGAAACGGUAUUCCCGCUCUUCCAUCAUGCGGCCGCCGCCGGCGCCAAGCCCGCCUACGUGUCGCAGGUGCAACAGCGCGCCCAGGCCAUCGCCCAAGCGCAGGCGGCCGCCAACAAGCAAUCGGCCGACGGCGAUUUCCAUCCGCAGACGCAGGCGUUCUUCGAACAGGGGGCGGCGGGCGCGUGGCAGCAGAGCAGCCCGUUCGGCAUACUGCCGCACGAGAGCGUCGUGCCGACCGCCGCCGGUAAAUCGUACGAGAAUUUCAACGCUCACUUCGCCGCCGCCCAGAGCAUCAACAACCAUUUGAAUUCGCAACUGGCCAAGGCGGGCGUGGCGAAUCGAUCGCAGAGCCCCCAAGUGUCGUCGUCGGCUUCGACGAAAUCGAACGCUUCGGGCGCCUUCUUCCAAGUCCCUUCCAGCGUAUCGGACAAUCCGUCGAACGCCAACAAAUCCUUCUCGUCGGCCAACGCUUCGAAUAUACAACAACAGUCGUGCAUCGUCUCGUCGCCGCCCACGACCGUUUCUAAAGAGUACAGAGUUCCUCAGCCGCCUUCGCGUACUGCGUUUUUGUCGUCGCCCAAUGCCGCCCGGGCUACGAUCGAAAAGGCGUUCGCCUCGCCGCCCGGCAAGCAGCAAACGUCGCAAACGGCGCAACAACAGAUCCAGACCAAGGCGCAGACGAAGAUCUAUUCGGAGCUGGGCGGACAGCCGGACAGGCAGAGGCCCGGCAACGAGGACAACCAGAGCCAAUCGUCGCCGAUCAGUUUCUCCAUAAUGGACGCUCCCGGUCGAUUGAACUACGCCGGCAGCAAUUCGUCGGGGAAACGGCCGCAAUUUCAGCACAACUAUCGCCAUUAUCCGCAACAGGGCGGCGCCAACGCCGAGGAAUUUCAACGGCCGAAGAGCGGAUCGGAGUAUAGCAAUUCGAACGGGCCCGAUUGCAACGUGGUGGUACCCAGACGGCCCAGUCCCCUUCAAGCACAUUCCCAAGCAUCUCCUUUAGGUCAUGCGCAAAGUCCGGCCUAUCCGAUGUACAACAGUCCGAUGAACUCGAUAUCUUCGCCGCAGCAAAGCUCCAAUAAUCAAGUGGCCCCGCCAUCGCCGCUCGACGUAUCGGUGCCCAGGCCGAGUUCGCAAACCGGCAACGUAGCCUAUCCUUCCGUCAUCACUAGAGCCUUGAAUCACGAUAAAGGUUUUACGGAUCGUUACGAACGAGCGAACCACACCAAUCAACAGGCCCAAAACUGUUGGGACGAACGACAAGGUCAACGGAAGUUCCAAAACAACCAAUCGGGCGGCCAAUCGAAUAGCAACUACAGCUCGAAUAACAGCCUGGAGAUGAACAGGAACGAAUCGAACCAACAACGGAUCGUCAUCGAGCGACAGAACACCUAUUUCGAUUCGAACAGCGGCCACCAGGUGACGUUGCAGGAUCUGUCGAGUUGCAGGGGCGAUCCGAUGAGCAUCGUGAAGAAUCUGCAACAGCAACAGCAGAGCUGCCAGGUGCCGCAGGAGAUCAAGACGGAACCCAAACCGCCCGUCAAGCGGCGGAAGAGCAGCGAAAAACCGGCCGCCGACAUGCACAAUUUACCCAGUCGAAUUCCACCGCCGGCGCACAGCUCGGGGGCCAAUCAACCGCAACAGAACGGCGCCUACUUCGACUUCGACAGAUGGAACCUGCCGCCGGCCACGUCGAAGAUAUUCGCCUCGCAACCGGCGUUGCACCAACAACACCAAGGUCUGAUGGUGCCGCACCCGCACGGCCACCAUCCGCCGCCGCCGAUACCCUAUUUUGCUCCCUUUCACAUACCGCCCCAUCCCGAGUACCCGUCCACCGUCGAGCUAGCGCCGCUGACGAGCUACGGCGAACAAUCGGCGCAGGCCGCCAACCAGUACCAACCGCCCCAGCCGGAGGAACACCCCAAGGUGGUGGUGCCCAACAUCGAGGAAGAAUUGAAUUUUCUGUCGCAAGAUUCGACGCGACCGUCGAUGGCGAACAAUCAACACCAAGGCGCCGCGGCGCCGAAACCGAUGAACCGCGCGAAGCUCGCCGACAAGCCGCCGGGCGCCGUCGGCUCGAGCUUCAUGAGCAGCUAUUUGAAGUUCCUGCAGGGCGAGCGGGACACGUCGCCGCCGCCGGCGAUGCGCGGCGGCGGCAACAGGAAGCAAACGUGGCCGCGGGCGCCGCUCAAAGACGACAAAUCGCCGGACAGCAACGGCGUCUCGGCGCCGCACAUGACGGCGGCGGCGCCUCAGCCGGCGCCGCAUCCGCCGCCGCCCGCAGUCCUGCCUCGCCUGUCGACGCAGGGCGAUCCGCAGGACGAUCCGCGGUACUUUCCGUUGCCGAAGGAGCGGAAGCGCAACAGCUUCGACAGCUCCGACGACGGGCUGAGUUCGGACGACGAUUUUUUCGGCAACAGAAAGAAGAAUUCGCUGUUCGACGGCAAGGACAAGGACCGCGACAGGGAGAAGAGGAAAGAUCGCUACAGGUUCGAUAGAUCGAAGAAGCUGAGCAAGGAGCGCAAGCACAAGGACAAGAAGGACCGAAAGCGCGAGAGAGAGACGAUGGAGGAGGUGCCGAGGAGGGAGUCGACGAAGAGGGCGGCGAAAAAGAAGGGUAGCCUAUCGGAGAUCGGGAAGGACGACGAGCCCGAAGAGCCGCCGGAAUUCCAGGAUUCCGAUUCGGAUCCGGCUUGGACGCCGGCCGCCAAUAACGAUCCGGAAGAUAUUACCAAUAUUAACAAGACCAAACGAAGGGGUAGACCUUUGGGAAGUAAAUCGAAGAAGUCGCUGAAGAAUUUGAUAACGGUGGCGGCGCAAGGGGCGGGCAUCGGAGAGGGGGACGGUUAUUCGAGCGAUCAGUCGCACAAGAAGAAAUCGAUGCACAAGAACAAACAGAUGCCGCAACAGUCGAGCAUCGCCCCCACGUUGGAGGACAACAUUGCCGCCUCCAUACAGAACAGCGUGCCCGCCGCCAACGACGACGAGUCGUUUAAACCCGGUGAAUUCGUUGCCAUCAAAUCGGAACUGAAAGAAGAAUGGCCGGCGAUUUGGAGAGUGGACGGCAAGACGUUGUUGCAGAAAUACGAACCUUUCGAACAGAACGGCACCACUUUAUACAGGAAUAUAUCGACAGUAAGAGAUGAGUACACAUCUUGGUCGCCGGAGGGCAAAAGACAAUACGUGGCCGUGCCGGUGAAGUACCGAACGCAGGGCCAAUUGGAAACGAUCGUGGAGUUUUUGAAAAACGAAAUGACCGUCAUCGAUCACGACUACCAAGAGCAGUGCAUGAAGCAAUUCGAAUCCUAUCAGGACAACUUCGAAGUGUACAUACAGACGUUGAUAUCGCAGGCGUUGGACAGUAAUUUCCUCAUGGAGAUAUUCCAAGAAAAAGACGAUUACUUCCUAUCGAACGUGCAAACCAUCGACGAGAUAACGGUUAGUAAAAGACGCAAGCUGUUUGAGAUAUUGAGGUGGCCGGCGGCCGUUCAAUCGGCCGUGUGCACGUGGCCCUGUUUCAACGUGAUACGCGAGGUGAGCCCGGCCGAUACGCAAACGAAGUGCUGCUCGGCCUGCGGCAGGACCGGCAUAGCCGGCAGGGUGCUGAUGUACGGGCAGCCCUACAACGCCACCACAUUGGAGGGCUGCCAGCCCGAUCCUAAUGCCAUAAACGAAAAGGACUUCCUGAUGUGUAGAUUGUGCGUAACGCAAGUGGAACUGUUGAACAAAGUGAUCCAUCAAAAAUACCUUAUGUAUAUAGAAUGCGCGAAACGUGUUAGUGAAAAACGGACUAACGAUUCGACUAAAGAUACAACUUGUAUACUAAACGAAUUGUUGGCGGACGAGAGCUGGUUGAAUCAAUUAUUCUUGGAGGUGCGGACAUCUUGGGCGGAAAUCGACAGCAUAGACUAUAGUUAUAGAUUGAAAAAUUCGGUGAAUUCGCAGUGAUUUUCGCAAACUUGGACAUUUUAAAUAUAAGUCGUGUAAUAAUUUAAAUCAAAAUUGUGUAUAUUUGAUGAGAGUUUAUAUGAGUAACAUUAAAGUUGUAAUUAAUAUAGGGAAUAGCGAUCGAUAUGCAUAAUAUUGAAGUUUAAGUACGUAAUCCGUUUUGUAUGGUUAAAAUUACCAUGGCAAGCUGUGCAUUUUUUAUAUUUGUGCUCUUCGAUUUUUUUUUCUUAUUUCGAAAGUGAUAUUGUUUUAUUUUGUUAACUAUUAUUUUGUAAAUUUCAGCAUUGGUUAUUUAUGUACGAGCACAUACACUCAUUAAUAAAAUGAAUAUUUUGAUUUUGUAAAUUCUUUAAUUAGAAUCGAUUCGUUUAUGUAUAUUACGCAUCUAAAAGUAGUUGAGCCUUAAAAUAAGCUGUCAUGAGAUUAGAUAAACAUUCUUGAAUUUGAAAUAAAACAUUUAUUUUACAAG